AUGAGCAGCCUCCCACUUUCUCUUGUCACUCUCCCUCUCAAUCUUGCUUCUUCAGACUUGACUUUCAUCUCCGGCUUCCACGAGGACGACUGGGUUGUCAAUGUUGAGCACUACUCUGACCGUGAAAGAUUCCAGUCUAGCCCUAGAUUGGCCCAUUCAAAAACAGUCAAGAGGAUGUUGAGAUACAUCAAAGGAACGGUGGACUAUAUACUGUGCUAUCAGGGUUUAGAUUUGCGACUUGUUGGGUAUAGUGAUGUCGAUUGGGGCAGUAACAUAGAUGAGCGCAAAUUGACAUCUGGAUAUGCGUUCUUGCUUAUUGGCACAAUUACAUGGAUUUGCAAGAUACAAAUCUGUAUAGCUUUAUCAACCAUGGAGGUAAAGUAUGUAGCUUGUUCAACAGCUGUUCAGGAAGCUAUUUGGUUAAGGAGGUUCCUUCAACAUCUUGAGAUUAUCGUGGAUGCUCUGGAUCCUGUGACGAUUCAUCGUGAUAGUACAGCAGCUCUUGCCUAUGCUAAGGACCCCAAAUAUCAUGGGAGAACCAGACACAUUUACAUACGGUAUCACUACAUUUGA